UUGACGUCAGAGUCGCUUUCCGUGCCACAUGUUUUGAAGAAGUCGAUUUAUCCCUAUAGCUUUUCCAAAAACACCUCGGAACGGACGCAUGUCUUUGUGGAUAAAGACAGUAUUUUGCAUGGAAAUAUACUGGUUACUCUUUCAAAUCUGUAAUAGCUGUCACAUAUAACCAUGGCUCUUCCGGAGAAAAAUGAAGUUACAGCGGAACUAGAAACACAAGCCGCGAUCAAUGAAGACGAGAUAAAUGAUUUUAAACAAGUGCAAGAGGAGAAGCGGGAGGAGAAUGCAGAUGGUGUUGAAGAUGCUAUUCAAGAGAUUAACUGUGAAGAUGACGAUGAUGAUGACCUGGAUAGAAAUGAAGAAGAUGCGAAACCAAAGGGCAAGAAAUGUGUUCCAGGCAUCGUGUAUUUGGGACACAUUCCUCCGAGGAUGAGACCAAAACACAUGCGGGCUAUGCUUAGUGUGUACGGAGAGAUCGGGAGGAUCUUCCUCCAGCCUGAAGGUAAACUACUGUACUUUGCGAUGUUAUAUGACUGAAUUAAACGUGU